AUGAGCGAAAAUAGAGAUAUAGAUAAUAAAGAUACAGAUAAUAAAGAGACAACCACAACGUCAACCCCACCAACAUCAACACCACCCACUUUAAAUUUAAAAUUUAAAAAAAAAGAUAAAGUUAGAAAUUUAAGAAAGAAAGAUGAAACAAACAGCAAUCUAGAAGUUGAAGGAGAGGAAGAUGAAGAAAAUAUAUUAGAAUUAACAAAAGAAAAACAAAAGCUAAGGGAAAAGGGCAAAGGAUUAAAUGUUGGUAUCUUGGCAGAGGGACCACAUAUCAAACAAAAUUUUAGAGAAUUAGAAAAUAAACUAGAUGACUCUUUUACAGCUCACAAUGAAGACAAACAAGAGGUAAACCUUCAUUUAGAAAAAUAUAUAAAUGAACAAUUGGAAUUAAAAAAACAAAAACAAAAACAAAGUAAAACAGAUAAUAAUGAUAAUAACAAUAAUGAAAAUAAUAGUAAUACCGAAUUAAAAGAAUCAUCAUUAUUUGAAACACCAGAACAUUUAAAAAGAAAUGAAAAAAAACAGAAUGAAGAUAAAACCAAUUGGGUUGCAGGUAUAGCCGAGGUACAAUUACCAGAAGUUUUUAAAUAUAAGAAUAUGGUUGAAACUGAAAAAGCAAGGGAUGCAAUGGAAAAAGACUCUGAUAAGCAUACUGAAAAGUUAAACACUCCUCAAAAUUUCAAUCAAAACUACCAAUAUCAUAAUAGAUUUAUAAAUAAUAAAAAAAGAUCAGAUGACAAAGCAACUGACCAAGAGGCAGUAGAGAAUUUCAAGAAAAGAUUUAGAUAUUAA